AGCACCAUUCCUUAAGCCUAGUGUUUCAAGCCAGCAACAAUGGCUGCCAACAAUCUUUUCUCGAUCGUCUUGACCUUCUCCUUCCUCUUUUUCGCCACGUUAACCAGUGGUUGUGGCACAUGCAUCCCGAAAACGGCACCAACGAACCCCUUCUGCCCUAGGGACACAUUGAAGCUUGGCGUCUGCAUCGACCUCCUUGGACUCGUUAACGUUGUUAUUGGGAACCCACCAUCAGGAAAAUGUUGUUCUCUACUAGAAGGGCUGGCUAACUUGGAAGCUGCAGCUUGUCUUUGCACUGCCAUUAAGGCUAAUAUACUUGGAAUUAAGUUGAAAGUGCCAGCUGCGCUUAGUGUGCUGGUCAGUGCUUGUGGCAAAACCGUUCCUCCAGGCUUCAAGUGUGUAUAGAUCAAGAUUCCAAUUUCAAGCCUUCAUUUGGUGUGGUUUUUUCAUUCACCUAGCUCUCUAGUGUUUGGUAAGUCGAUUAAAAAGAAAAAUGUUAAAAUCUUACCCUAAUGUAAAGUGUUGUUGAGUACUAUACACCGAAUGUUUCCUUGGUGCGUGAAAAAUUCUGUUAGUUUGUUUAAAAGGAGACUAUGGCUUCUGUUUGCU